AUGCCUCUAUAUCCCUUGCCAAGACGCGUGCCCCAGACGGGGCUGCGCUGGGCCCGGAGCUUUUCGACAUCCCCGCGCCACUCUAAUUAUGCAGAUACCCUUCCUAACCUCAAGAUUGGAGCUCAUACGAGAGUCUUGUUCCAGGGUUUUACGGGACGACAGGCGACUGCUAAUGUCAAGGAGUCGCUGGAAUGGGGCACUAAAAUUGUGGGAGGUGUGAAGCCUGGAGUUGAAGGUGAACACCUGGGACUUCCGAUCUUUCCCUCUGUCAAGGCGGCUCAAGCAAGAGCAAAGCCUGAUGCAUCUGCGAUCUAUGUUCCGGGAAACCAGACUGCCAAGGCCAUUGAAGAGGCAAUUGAGGCAGAGAUUCCAUUAGUGGUGGCUGUAGCUGAACAUGUUCCUAUCCAUGACAUUCUCCGGAUCCAUUCAAUGCUGCAAACGCAAUCCAAGACUCGCCUUGUCGGCGCAAACUGCCCAGGUAUUAUAUCGGCCAUUGGCAAGUGUCGCAUCGGUUUCCAGCCUUUGCCUUGUUUUGCUCCCGGUAAUAUCGGCAUUGUUGCCAAGUCGGGCACUCUAAGCUAUGAGACAGUCGCAUCGACUACCCGUGCUGGACUCGGUCAGAGUCUCUGCAUUAGCAUGGGCGGUGAUGUGCUAGCUGGUACCAACUUUGUGGACGCUCUCAAGAUUUUCGAGCACGAUACUGAUACUGAGGGUAUUAUUCUUGUCGGUGAGAUUGGCGGCACUGCUGAGAUGGAUGCUGCGGAGUGGAUCAAGGACUACCGACAGCGGACUACCAACCCCAAGCCCAUUAUGGCCCUCGUUGGUGGCUUAGAAGCACCUCCCGGUCGCAUCAUGGGACACGCAGGCGCCUGGUGUGCACCUGGAGAGCCGGAUGCACAAACUAAGUACCAAGCACUUGAACGUGCUGGUGCUGUCAUGGUCAAUCACCCCGAGAAGUUUGGCGAGGGGAUGAAGACCCUCUUGGGUACUGGCGUGAGCAGGCCCGGCACACAAUCCUUUUCGGCCGCAGGGGCUCAACGGCGCGGUUUCCACACAAUGAGACGUGUCAGCCCGAUCUCGAGGCCGGCUCAGCAAAAGCGCGACCUCUACAUCAAGCAGUUUCAGGCAUUUGAUAUCCUAAAGCAAAAAUCCAUUCCUGUUAGCGAGCAGACAUCGCCCUCUGAUAUGUCUAUCUCCAUCUCGGUUGACCGUACUUCUUUGUCGCCGUGCAUCGUCGCUUCGCCCGACGCAGAGUUCAACCCUACGCAGUCUCGCAAGUUUCCAUUCAGCUACACUGAGACCAACUUGGAAAACAGUUCCCUUGUCUCCGCCGUGGCUUCAUACGUUGGCCUUCCCGAAUCAUCACACGACAAGCUCGCAAGCUUAGUUCAGGCCCUGUGGAGCAUCUUCAAGGAGAAAGAGGCCUUUUUAUUAGAGACUCGGGUUGGAGCCUCCGCCAAUGGAAGCUUGGAAGUGCGUGAUGCACGGUUUGGAUUCGAUGAUGCCGCAUACCGUAGCUCAGGGCGCCAGGAAGAGAUUCACUCUUUGCGGAACACUGCUGAGGAAGUCGCCGAGGAGAUUGAAGCCGAGAAAGACGGAAUUGUCUAUGUCAAGCUGGAAGGAGAAGGUAGCAUUGGCACACUCGUGAACGGGGCAGGGCUUGCUAUGAAUACAGUCGAUGCACUCAGUAUUCACGGAGGUCACUGUGCCAACUUCCUUGACACUGGUGGCAAGGCUACUUCUGAGACGGUCAAGUCGUCUUUCCGAAUUAUUUGUUCCGACCCCCGCGUCAAUGCAAUUUUCGUCAACAUCUUCGGUGGCUUGACACGUUGCGACAUGAUCGCCGAGGGAAUCAUCCUAGCAUUCCGGGACUUGAACAUGCAAGUGCCUGUUGUGGUGCGGUUACGUGGAACGAACGAGGAGCUUGGGCAAAAGAUGAUUGCCGAGAGUGGGCUUCCUCUUCAUGCUUUUGAUGGCUUUGAAGAGGCCGCGAAAAAAGCUAUCGCUCUUGCUCGGAAAUAA